GGCAUUUUUCUGCAGGGACAUUCGCAAUGUUGAGAUGGUGAUGUUCUCUCGGCGCGGGAUGAUAAGCAAUUUUCCUGCGAAUAAUAGGAACUUUCAUGCGGAGUUAUCAGUCACGAGAUGAUCGAUUGCUUCAUCGGUUAUCUCUUUGACGUUUAGUUCGUGCGUUUUGUUCGUCCCCUUCAUUUAUUCAGUUUUGAAGUGAAUUUUGCGUGCGAAUUCUGCGGUAUGGAGGCUUUCACGUGUGUUCAAGACUUCGAACAGUCGGCGAUGAAGAUUCUGCCCAUUUCGGCGAGGGAUUAUUAUAGGAGUGGGGCUGGGGACGAGGUGACACUUGAGUGGAAUAAAAACGCAUUUAGAAAAUAUAGAAUUCGCCCCCGAGUCCUCAGAAAUGUCUCGAGCAUCGAUAUAAGUACGAAAGUCCUCGGAGAGAGGAUUUCCAUGCCCCUGGGGGUGGCCCCAACGGCGAUGCAGCGGAUGGCCCACCCAGACGGCGAAUGCGCCACCGCGAAAGCUGUCCAGCAAUCAGGUACAGUAUUCAUCCAAUCAACGAUAUCCACCAGCAGCAUUGAAGAAGUCGCAGCGGCAGCUCCGAGUGCCACCAAAUGGUUCCAAUUGUACGUCUACACCGAUCGGGAUGUGACGAUGAAUUUGAUAAGACGAGUGGAGAGGGCCGGGUUCAGGGCCCUCGUCCUCACGGUGGACACUCCCUUCUUCGGGACGCGGAGGGCCGACGUCCGGAACAGGUUCGUCCUGCCGAGGCACUUGAAGCUCGCCAAUUUCGAGGGGCGCUUGUCAAGAAAGAUUAACGAGUCCUCCGGAGGAUCGGGACUUAAUGAGUACGUCACGAACCUCUUCGACGACUCCCUGGAGUGGAGGGAUCUGCACUGGCUCAAGAGCGUCACACAACUGCCGAUUGUACUCAAAGGCAUUUUGACCGCUGAGGACGCUAUUUUAGCGGUGGAAAAUGGAGCUAGCGGGGUCGUUGUCUCGAAUCAUGGGGCGAGACAGAUUGACGGAACUGCAGCAACAAUCGAGGCGUUACCAGAAGUUGUUGAAGCCGUUGAUGGAAGAAUAGAGGUUUAUUUAGACGGCGGAGUGAGGACAGGAACAGAUGUGUUCAAAGCGCUGGCGUUGGGCGCCAAAAUGGUGUUCUUCGGGAGACCGAUGCUCUGGGGGCUGGCUCACGCCGGUGAGGAAGGGGCGACUGCAGUUCUCGAAAUCAUGAGGAAGGAGAUCAGAGAAGCCCUCGCUCUUGCUGGUUGCAGGUCUUUGGCGGAGGUCACACGAGACAUGAUUGCUCACGAGUCCGUCUACAGUCGAUUGUAAUUCCAUUCUAAUUAUUAUUUUAAAUUUGGGAGAAUAAAUAAACAAACAGCUGCACAAUAGA